AUGAAGGUAUACCCCACAGCAGAAAAAAUCGAAAAGAUAAAAACUGCUUGUCAGGAGCUAUUAACUAAAUCGUCACCUAAAAUUCGUGAAGUGGUGUCCAUGCUGGGAUUUUUAACAUCUGUUUUUCCAGCUGCCCUAUAUGGACCUUUACAUUUUCGUGAGCUUGACAUGGAUAAAACGGAAGCUCUUAAAUUAAACAAAGGGAAUUUUGAAAAACCCAUGUGUUUAUCUGACAAAGCAUGUUCAGAGUUAAGCUGGUGGAUUAAUUCCGCUGAUUCAUUACAUAAACCUAUUUCAAACACCCUUCCAGAGAUAACGUUAUUCACUGACGCUUCAAAUCAUGGAUGGGGGGCAGUGUUGAAUAACUGUCCAAUAGGAGGGAAAUGGACCCCAUUGGAGGCUAAUAAUCAUAUAAACUAUUUAGAAAUGUUGGCAGUCUUCCUUGCCUUAACCGCAUUUCAUAGCCAGUUAUCCGGUAAACAUGUUUGUGUCCGAAUAGAUAAUAUGACUGCAGUGGCUGAUAUAGGGAAGAUGGGUACAAGCCAUUCUCGAAAACGAAAUGCUUUAACUCGGAAUAUUUGGGAUUGGUGCGUACAGCACAAUGUGUUUCUAACAACAGCACAUAUUGCUGGCAAAGACAACACUAUUGCUGAUGCCGAAUCUAGAAAAUCACGAAAGGAUCUUGAAUGGUCCCUAAAUACAAAUAUAUUUGAAAAUGGUAUUGGCCAGCUUGGUGUGAAGCCAACAAUUGAUUUAUUUGCUUCGCGAUUAAAUUAUAAAAUCAAGCCAUUUAUAUCUUAUCAGCCUGACCCAGAAGCUGAAAUAAUAAACGCGUUCACAGUUUCCUGGCAACCUUAUUUAUUCUAUGCAUUUCCUCCCUUUAGUUUAAUUACACUGGUUCUCCAGAAAAUUCAGGAGGAACACAGUACGGGGGUAAUUGUAGUCCCGCAAUGGCCAAAACAACCUUGGUGGCCAGUUCUAAUGCGAAUGAUAGUGCAACAGCCCUUAAUUCUACCUCGGACAAAACAAACUCUACUUUUACCGACCAACCCAGAUUUGCUACAUCCUCUACAUCAAAAAUUAACCCUACUGAUGUGUCACCUCUCUGGCGACCCUUCGAAAAUAAAGGCCUUUCACGCCAAGCUUUGUCCCUCAUCAUGUCAUCCUGGAGACAAAGCACGCAACAGCAAUACGUCCCGUAUGUCCGUAAGUGGGAGCAGUACUGUAGUGGCCGGGAAAUUGAUAACAUUUCAGCUACUGUAG